UCAAAACUAUGAUAAUCACUAUGUGUAUAUUAAAAAAUGUGUGCGACCCUUUCUCGCAUACCUAGCGCUGGCAACGGCGCUUCACAGCCAUGGAAGCCCUUGAGGCUUUCUCAACACAGAGUGCUCAAGCGCUUGUUUCCAGUGGAGUCCAUCGUGACCUCGACAAGGUGCAGCCCACUGCCCUCAACCGUCAAUCCCAAAUCCGAUCAGAUGGAUCUGCUUCUGUUCUCCGGGACCAAGCGAUGGGUGAUCGCUGCUUAGGCCGGCGAAGCUGCUCAUGGAUUCCGAUACGGAUUUGGGAUCCGGGCACUAUGUGGUGGUUUCGAUGCUUCUUUGCAGAUCUGACAUUGAUGGUGCUGACCGGGAUGUUCUGGUUUUCCUUGACAUGGGAGGUUGGCGGUGUGAUGUUGGCUGCGGUAGUGCGGGGUGGUGCAGUCACUGCCCGGACUUGGCUGCGAAGGAUGGCGGUGAGGUGGAGAGGCGACGCAACAAGUCGGGGUUGGCUCCCGGUUUUGGUACAUGAUAGUGGCACCGGCGGGCAAACGACGCAACGUAGUGCUGGGCUUUGGGUGCCCAUAGUGGUUGAGAGGCCCACAGUCAUGGGUGUGGACUCUUGGGUGCAGUCAUGGGCCCAUUCUUUUUUCUCAAGCUAUUGGGUUUGGGACCCGGGUGGAAUGGAUGAGGAUCGAUGGAGAAAAUUCUCAAUGACUUCAAGGAGUCUUACUUGGGCUACUAUACUGUAAGCACCUCAAUUGCGAGCAUUGGCGAGCAGCAUAGCCGGUUUUUAAUGGACGAGGAUAAUCUACAUCACUUUGUAGUUGCUUUGUUUUCUUAUUUCCAGAAAGUGAGCUUCAACUUUGUAAUCGAACAACCAUUCCAACGAAAUAUGGUUUGUUCUGCCUUAGAUUUUCAAUAUAACCUUAGUAGGUCAAUUUAUGCUCCUGUGAAUGUUCGGGAUG